GUUAUAAAUCAUGAAAUGAUUACGGAUGAGCAUAUAAAUAUUUGACUAAAUUCCAGUUUAAUUGAUUUCCCAGUUAUUCCUCAUCUGCUAAUUAUUCUUAUUCUGCUAUGUCUGGUCAAAAAUUCUUAAACAUUUCAUCUGCUGGUCAAAACAAUAACUUACGUUAUUUUUCAUCGAAACAAAGAUGUAUCAAUUUCAAUAAUAUCAAGGAUGCCCAUCUUGUUGCUAACGACGGGGUUUUAUCCGGUGAAGAAGCCAUCAAGGCUGGUUCGAGUGAGGAAAUCUUUGAGCCAACCAUUUUUUCUUCUGAAGAAAUUCACACUGCUGGUCCAGUAAAUAAAGCUUAAUCGUUCUGGUAAUGAUAAUAAAUGAUUUAUGACUAUUGUUCUUGAUCUUGUAGUUUGCCCGUACAUCCUGUAGGACCCCCGUACACCUGUAGGACCCCC